CGAGGCAAGUACAUGAUGGCGAUGGCGGCCUUGGGGGAGGUGUCAGGAAACGGGCUGUCACGUGACAAGGCGGCGUUGAGGAAGUUAGCAGCGGCCAUUUUGGUUUUGACGAAAGUCAUGGAUGCCAAGGGAAAUAAAGUUCUCGUGUGCGACAAUGGAACAGGGUUUGUCAAGUGCGGAUAUGCAGGCUCGAACUUCCCAGCUCAUAUCUUUCCUUCGAUGGUGGGCAGACCUAUUAUAAGAUCCACUGCGAAAGUAGGAGAUAUUGAAGUGAAGGACUUGAUGAUCGGAGAUGAAGCCAGCAAACUUAGACACAUGUUAGAAGUGAACUAUCCCAUGGAUAAUGGGAUUGUUCGAAGCUGGGAGGACAUGAAACAUGUAUGGGACUACACGUUUGGAGAAACAAAGCUUAACGUUGAUCCGAAGAAUUGCAAAGUUCUGCUUACCGAACCGCCCUUGAAUCCGACGAAGAACAGAGCGAAAAUGAUCGAGGUUAUGUUUGAAAACUACCAAUUUGAAGGUGUUUACAUUGCUAUUCAAGCUGUUUUGACUUUGUAUGCACAAGGUUUGCUGACUGGUGUAGUAAUAGACUCUGGUGAUGGAGUGACUCAUAUCUGCCCAGUUUAUGAAGGCUUUGCUCUACCACAUCUCACCAGGAGAUUAGACAUAGCUGGACGAGAUAUUACAAAGUAUCUUAUUAAGUUGCUUCUGCUGCGUGGAUAUGCCUUCAACCACACAGCUGACUUUGAAACUGUCCGUAUGAUGAAAGAAAAGCUCUGUUAUGUAGGGUACAACAUUGAACAAGAACAAAAGCUGGCCUUAGAAACAACAGUUCUUGUAGAACAGUACACACUUCCAGAUGGAAGAGUUGUGAAGAUGAGCGGUGAGAGAUUCGAAGCACCUGAAGCAUUGUUCCAACCCCAUCUUAUCAACAUUGAAGGGGUGGGUGUGGCAGAGCUCCUGUUUAACACCAUCCAGGCUGCAGACAUUGACACCAGAGCAGAAUUUUACAAGCACAUUGUUCUGUCUGGGGGUAGCACUAUGUACCCUGGCCUACCAAGCAGGCUAGAGAGGGAAAUCAAACAGCUGUAUUUGGAGAGAGUUCUUAAGGGAGAUACCACCAAGUUGUCGAAAUUUAAAAUCAGAAUUGAGGAUCCACCUAGAAGAAAACACAUGGUGUUUCUUGGUGGUGCUGUGCUGGCUGACAUUAUGAAGGACAAGGAAGGGUUCUGGAUGACACGGCAAGAGUACCAAGAGAAGGGAAUCAAAGUUCUAGAGAAGUUGGGAGUGAAAGUUGGUUGAAGUCAGUUAGGUAAUUAGAAAAAAAGGAUAUAGAGAUUUUGUUAACAUGGGAAGAAAAAAACUGGAAAGUUCAAAUUGAAAUAAUGGACAACUCUUCCAAAUAAGCUCUUCUAAGUGAUCAUUUUUUUUUAUGCCAUAAGAUAAGAGGUUUACUUGGUAGCAUUUGCCUUUCUAACAAUCUCGUCUUAAGGUGAAAAGAUAGUCUGCUUACAUUUUAGUUGAAGGAAAAAAAAACAAUCAAGUGUACAUAAAUUCUCCUUUAGAAACUUCUGGUCAUUUCUGCCUCCAUUUUGGAAAAGUGCAGAGAAAUAAUUGAUGGCAAAAUAGUAUAUUUGGUCGGUUGAAAUUGGAAGUGUGUGGCCUGGUUUGUAUUGAUACAUACUUACAACGUGGUAAAGUUGUAUUCAGGUGCUGCAAACUAAACAAAAUCUCUAUUGGUAUUUGCAAACAGGGCAGGGAUAUGUUUUGUUUUAAGUGUGAAUGAGGCUCAACAGUCAAGAAGGCUCUUUGAAAUAGUUGAGGUGAAAAAUGAGAUCUUAGUAGAAAGGAAGCCACCACAAUGAAUUUAUGAGAGGUAAAAACAUUUGGUCAUGUAAUUCUUUGGUAGCUUUGUACCUUGUUUUUGUCAAAAUAGAUAAUUAACAUUCAGCCACAACACACAUGAACCUUUAAGAAAUUUUACUUGGAAUUAUGAUUUCUCACUCCUCUGAAUUAUAUUCUUUUGUUAUGAUUGCUGUUUUUUUCCUUUUGCCUUUUUUUUUUUUUAUAUAUAUAGUAAUUGAAAUAGUAAAAUGAUUUGCAUAUAUUGAGUGGUCUUUGAAGUUUUAAAUCUAUUCUCUGUCAUUGCCUUUGAAAAAGUCAGCUGGCACAAACUUGAGGCCAAUUUUCUAAUUAAAGUUUGACUUGUUUUUGGGCAUUGCUUUCCUAUAGCCAUGAUGAAAUAAAAAGGUUUUACUAGUAUGCUAACUAGGUACAAGAGGGUAGAAAGGAAAGUGCCUUAGAAGUGCCUGUAAUAUUGCAUGCCUUUACAUUGUCAAGGUAUAGCAAUUUUUCUGACAUUAUUCUAUUUUAAAACUGCAUUUAGACUAGCAAGUUUCCUGUUUCCGCUAUCCAUUUAUGCUUUUUUUGUUAUGAUAAUACUUAAUCAAAGAAAAAGAACUUGUCUAUCAAAGAUUAUUUGUCACCAAAGUCCCUCGUUCAAUUACUGAAUUGUAUCAGUUUCUGAACAAGGGGUAUUAUAAUGGAAUGCCUUGUUGAAUUUCUUCAGCUGCACUGCUGAGAAAUUUUGUGCGUGGAAAGUUAAGGGUAAAUGUAGCUUAGUUAAAAAAAAAAGGUGUUUCCUGAGAUGAUCUCUAUAUGCCUGGAGAGAAAAAAAAGGGCACUUCAUCAAAAUUCAUAGCUUGAUUAUAGUUGGGAAUGACGCAAGUUUCUUACCCCUUCAGUAAAAGUUAAGUUUCCAUUUGAUCAAAGAUUUGUGGUGUCAUCAAAGAACAACAAUUUGCUCCUGAAUUUCAUGAUGACCUAGUGUCAGAGCCUGUUUUCUUGUGAAAAGAGAGCUUGAUUUUCUACUGUGAAGAGAUUGUGAACUGUACAGAUUAGGGUUCUGUCCUGGUGUACCUGUUCACAAGGGAAUUACCAUUGUUCUUUCUUUGUUUAGGAGUCAUCGGUUAGCUAUUGUGUAUUGUUUGGUCUUUUGUAUUGGCUCUUGUGAACCGGUACACGAGGACAGAAUCCAGAUUAGUUUCUUAUUCAUUUAUGAAGAGAUCAUUCUUAAAUAUUUUGGUAAAAUAAUACUUUCCUAGUUGCCUUCACAUGUUAAUUAUUGCAUUAUGUAAUGUUUUACUUCCCCCGUCUCCUUGUUGUUGCCCCUCGAAAAAUUUGAAUGCCUUGCUAAUGCAAAGAGAUGGAAAUAAAUGUUCUUUUUUUAUUUCAAACUUCA